AAAGUAUGUGAAAAGUUCUACGUCUGGAAGUAUCUCCUUCGUCGUCCUCCUCCUGUCUCCUCGGGCAGCUUCUCGUUGUUGCCGACUCUCAAUUGGCUCAACCGUUCAUAAGAGGAGGUUGAAAGGUUGGUGCCGCUGCGGUGCUCGACGAUGGAGCGCAUCAUUAACAAUCUUAAGAGCUUGGACGCGUACCCUAAAAUUAACGAGGAUUUUUACAACCGUACACUCUCCGGUGGCGUCAUCACCCUCGUUUCGUCUCUUGUCAUGUUCAUUCUCUUCGUAUCCGAAUUCAGAUUGUACCUGCACACUAUCACUGAGACAAAGCUUUUAGUGGAUACUUCAAGAGGGGAAAAACUGCGCAUCAACUUUGAUGUCACUUUUCCUGCUAUUCCUUGUACAUUACUCAGUCUUGAUGCAAUGGACAUCAGUGGAGAGCAGCAUCGUGAUAUAAGACAUGACAUAAUAAAGAGAAGAAUUAAUUCUCAUGGUGAUGUCAUUGAAGUCAGGCAAGAUGGGAUUGGGGCACCAAAGAUUGAGAAACCCUUGCAGAGGCAUGGUGGCAGGCUUGAACACAAUGAAAAAUAUUGUGGUUCAUGUUAUGGUGCAGAAAUGACGGAUGAUGAUUGCUGUAACACAUGUGAAGAGGUUCGUGAAGCAUAUAGGAAAAAAGGUUGGGGGCUAACAAAUGCAGAUUUGAUUGACCAGUGCACAAGAGAAGGCUUUUUCCAGAAGAUCAAAGAUGAAGAAGGUGAAGGAUGUAAUAUUUUUGGAUCUUUGGAAGUUAACAGAAUUGCUGGAAAUUUCCAUUUUGUUGCUGGGAAGAGCUUUCAGCAAUCAAAUCUUCAUUUCAAUGAUUUAGUUUUCCAAACAGAUAGUUAUAAUAUAACUCAUCGCAUCAAUAGAUUGGCUUUUGGUGACUAUUUUCCUGGAGUAGUAAAUCCCCUGGAUGGGGUCCAGUGGGUGCAUCAAACCCCGAGUGGUAUGUACCAGUAUUUUAUCAAGGUGGUCCCUACAAUAUAUACCGAUAUAAGAGGCCGAACUGUGCAUUCAAAUCAGUACUCGGUGACAGAACAUUUUAGGAACUCAGAGGUUGUCCACUUUGAUUCAGUUUCGGGAGUUUUCUUUGUCUAUGACCUCUCCCCAAUUAAGGUUACUUUUAAAGAGGAACAUAUUUCAUUCCUGCACUUGAUGACACACAUAUGUGCAGUUAUUGGAGGUAUUUUCACGGUUGCGGGGAUUAUAGACUCGUUCAUAUAUCAUGGUCAAAGAGCAAUUAAGAAGAAGAAGAUGGAGAUGGGCAAAUUCGGAUAAUCCAACACAGGGCAUUCUGCACUGGCAACAGUAGGUGGAAAUGGUAAACUGAUUUUUUCACGAGGGUUUGUUGCUAUUUAGCCGGGAACAAUGUUUAACAAAAAGGAACAGUAAUCAAUCAAUCAAUCAAAUUAUAAUCUCCAAUAUUCAGUUAAUUGCUGUUGCUUUGGCAAUGUUUGAAAUAAAUCCAGCGAGUUAAAGUA